AUGCCAGGAUCGUCGUUCAAGCGAACGAUUCUGAUCACCGGCUCGACGGAUGGCAUCGGCAAGCAAACGGCCACCGACUUGGCCGCUCAUCCGGAUAAUCGAGAUGCCAUUAUCCACGACGAAGCGACUCGAGACCAAAUUGUCAAGGAGACCGGAAACCCAACAAAUGUGGACUACAUCGCUGCCGAUCUGUCCGUCAUGAAAGAGGUUGCCCAUUUUGCCGACAAGGUGAAAAGCCAAUUUCCGGACCUUUGCCAUGUGCUGUUGUGCAAUGCUGGCGUAUUGAAUCCACGACGAGCGGAAACAACAGACGGGCUCGAAAUGACGUUUCAGGUGGAGGUUUACUUGGCCUCCUCGCCAUGGCGUUUAAAAAACGGAUGGCUUCAAAGGCUGUACUGUUCAUUUCAGAAUACUACCACCGACCGAGGUGCAGACGGCGAACGUUCGAUGCCAGGAUCGUCGUUCAAGCGAACGAUUCUGAUCACCGGCUCGACGGAUGGCAUCGGCAAGCAAACGGCCACCGACUUGGCCGCUCAUCCGGAUAAUCGAGUCAUUAUCCAUGGACGAAGUGAAGAGAAAUGCGAGGCGACUCGAGACCAAAUUGUCAAGGAGACCGGAAACCCAACAAAUGUGGACUACAUCGCUGCCGAUCUGUCCGUCAUGAAAGAGGUUGCCCAUUUUGCCGACAAGGUGAAAAGCCAAUUUCCGGACCUGAAUGUGCUGUUGUGCAAUGCUGGCGUAUUGAAUCCACGACGAGCGGAAACAACAGACGGGCUCGAAAUGACGUUUCAGGUGAACUACCUAUCACAUUUCAUCCUAUGUAAUCGUCUGGUGGACGUUCUGGAACGAAAUAACCAUGGAAGGAUAGUGGUGGUCGGCAGUGUGCUGCACAGCUGGACAGCGCUGGACUGGUCAGACGUGAUGGCAAAGAGGGACUACGAGAAAUACUUGGUGUAUUCACGAUCGAAACUCUGUCUACAUCUGAUGGCGUUCGCUCUUCACCGACGAAUGAACAUCGCUCGACGGAAUGUGGCCGUAAAUGUCGUCGAAUUGGGCAAGGAACGUGAGCCGAACAACAAUGGCAAAAUGCGUACGACAUCUGCGUUGUCGAGCUCAAUGUCCACGCUGUCGAUGUGUCGUGCAGCUGGGAAUUUGGUUCAACUCAUUGAAAACCCUGCAUUUGAAACGCUUUCCGGGAAGUACCUGGAUUCAAUGGGCAAACAAAUCAGGUCUGGAGCUGAGGCGACUGACGAGCGACUUCAGGAGCGACUAUGGGCGUAUUCAGCGGAACUUGCCAAAGGGUACCCACUUGACUUUUCCGAUCUCCAAGCAACCAAAUAUGGCGACGCUUAUCUGCAGUACUCGCGUAGCAAAUUGAUGAACCAUAUGACAGCGUUCAAAAUGGCCCGUGAAAAGGAUGACGGAGUAACGGUGAACGUGUUGGAGCCAGGAGUCUGCGAGACGAAGCUUCUCAAACGAGGUGGUUAUUCCGGCGGACCUGUCAAGGACGGAAGUGUGGCUCCCGUGCACCUUGUUAUGUCUGACGAGGUGAAAAAUAUCACCGGCGCCUACUUCAAUAACCGCGGAAAGAGAAUAACCUCACUGAGUGCAGAUUCGACGGAUGUGAAACAACAGGACCGUUUAUGGAAGAUGAGCGAGGAAAUCUGUGCAAAAUUCGGAAUCACUUUUUGA